UAAGUUAGAUGGUCGACCACUACGGGUCCGUAGAAUUUAAAUCGUAUAUUCCGCGCGCGCGUUGAUUAAAUAGUUUUUUUUUGUAAUUUUUUUUUAUUGUUUUUUGUCGUUUUUGUAUUUCGUUUUUUUUUGUUUGCUUAAGUUUUCUAAUUGUUUCCUAUUUCUAAUCGUUAUUCAAUUAUGGAAUAAGACAAAUAUUAGAAAUUGUUUGAUUGGAGUGAAAGAAGAGAAAAACUUUAAAUUGGUUGACGUUAAAUGUUUUUUUAAAAUACUUUUUAUUUAAAUUGAUAAACUGUUGCACCAUACAAAGUGUUUAAAAUGUCGUUUUCUAAGGCUAAACUAAAGAGAUUUAACGAAAUUGGAGUCACAGAUUCACCAUACUCUGAUCGAGUCGACCGCAAGGAGUCCAUCAAAAAAUUGAUGAAAGAAUUGUCUAAAGAUGCUGAAAUUAAGCGGACGCAGCCGUCGAAGGAAUCAGUUGCUUCAACGGAGAGUGAAAAGCACAAAACGACUGCGGAGAAAACAAAGCACAGCGCGUUGCGGUUAUUUCGAACGCCAUCAUUACCCCGUCGUCUACGCUUCAACCGACAACACUCAGAUUUAACACCAAAGGAGAAAUCUUCGGCAGCUAAAAGUCUAUUCAACGACCAGGAGAAACGAGACAAGGAAGCUCUGGACGCAGCCAAUGUGGAAAUCAAAAACAAAACCGAAGUGCUGAUCGAAUACGAGCAGCUGAUUGAAGAACUGAAGCAAAAGUCCCAUGAGCUUGGCAUUUUGAACAGUCUGAAUUUGGAACUGUUAAAGACAAAAGAUGUACGAAUCGGUGAACUGGAAAAAGAAAUUGCCGAGGAGGUGCAGGCAAACGAAUUACUUAAAAAUAUAACAGAAAAGUCGGUUGAAAAGGUGGAAGGUCUAGAAGAGGAAAUAAAGACCAUAUUUCGAACCCAUGACAAUGAAAUCGAUUUUUUGAUUGCGACGAACAGUGACCUGGAAAGGAAAUGUGAGAAUUUCCGAAACAACAAUCUGUUAUUGAUGGAGGAGAUACAGGAGUUGAAAACCGAACGAAAAACUUUGGAUGACGAAACGCAGAAGCUGAGGAUGAAGGUGCAGGAUAAGAGUUCAAAGCUUUUGGAACUGGAGAAUGAAUAUCAAGGUCAUUUGGUGGAAAAUAUGAACUUGUUGGCUGAAAUAGCUGAAAUAAAGAAACACGCUGAGGACGAUAUGGUCGCGUAUGCUGAAGAGAAUCGAAAGCUGAUAAGUGACUUCGAAGCCACCAAGAAAGAAAUGUCGCGCAUAAUGAGCGAACUAACAUUUCUGAAAGAUUCCAACAAAGGACUACAGGAAGAACUCGCUGGAAAGGACAUCGAAAUGGAUUCACUUCGAGACGAAGUACGAGUUUCUUUCAACGAUGACUUGAAGUCUUUGUCCAAGAAAUAUGAGCAACAGAUCGCUACACUCAAAGAAAUGCAUUCAAUGAAAAUAAAGGAAAUCGAAUCAGUGGCAACGUUGGAAAAGUCUCAGCUGGUCAAGGAUCACACUGAAAAUGUUAUCAAUUUGAAGAAAGAGUACGACAGCAGAGUGGAACGGAAUAAUGAGAUCAUUGAAGAGAAAAUUCGCAUCUCAGAGGUCCAGUUCGAGCAGAAACUGAGGAGCAUAGAAACAUCCGCCGAACAGUCCGUCGAACAAGAGAGACAAUUGUGGAAAUCCGAACUGGAUAAGUGCCAAAAGAUCGCUGAAACUGAGAUAAUGCAGUGCGAAUUCGAGAAACAGGAUCUGAAGACGCUACUAUCGUCAGCCAACGAAAUGAUGAAGGAGAAAGACGACGUCAUCCAGGAGCUGAACAAUAAACUCAAACAAGAAAUCGAAAAUAUCAACAAAAUUCGUGAAGACUUUGAGACCGAGGUCAAUGACGCAAGGAAAGAUUGUUCCAGAGUGAUGACCGAAAAAUACCACUACCAAAUAACGUUGAACAACACUCGGUCGACCGUCAACAUUUUAAUGGAAAGACUUAAGAAAUCCGAUACCGACGUUGAAUUAUUGAAAGACGAACUGAAAGUGUUGAGCGAGUCAAAAUCUAUUCUUGAAGCGCAAAAUCUGGAAUUGUCUGCCGAAGUAUCGUUGCUGAAAGAUGACAUAGAGGAAUACAAAACCGUGCUGACUGCUCUACGAAAUUCGUCGUUGGCUUUGGAACGAGAAGUAAAGGAACGGGAUUCCGUUUUCGAGAAGUUUAUGGCAACGGAAGAGGAAACUCUCGAAACGGUCAACAAAUUGUUCAACGACAAACUGGAAGAGAAUAUCGGAAAAUACUUCGAAAUGUACAGCGACAUCAAGCGCAGGUACGAAGCACGUGAGACGUACAUUUGCGACAUGAAAUCUUUGCUGGAAGAGUUCGCGAAUGGCAUUGAAUUGGCCCGCAUGGAACUUGACUUGAAAGACAAGCAACUGUUAGAUCUGCAACAGGAGAACAAGACCAUCAAACUGGAGAAUAUGACCUACAAGUUCCGAUGCGAACAGUUCGAAAAAUACGAUUCCGAAUUGAUCAAACCUCCGAAUCCGACGCCCGAGGAAAAGCUGCUGACCGAAGAAGAUUCGAUGGUGUCCAAUGCGUUAAUUGCGAACAUUAUCAGUCAACUGGAAUUGGAGGCGAACGAGAAGAGUGAGAAGAAAAGUCUCAUGUUUUCGGACGAGGAAAAAAUCAGCGCAGAGAAUAGUUUAUUGAAGGAGAAACUGAUGGAGAAGACCAGACAGAUCGAAAUUUUGCAGGAUAUGGUGAAAAUGGAGAACGAGCAAGCACUGGAAAAUUUGGAGCUGAAACAGAAGCUUUGCGAGGUUACCGAAAAAAUGAGCAAGGAAACACCCGGAAAAUAUGCUGAAAUUUCCAACAAACGCAGCGCAUCUAAACGAUCCAAACAAAUCGAUCAAUUGAAGGAAUCGAAUACUCAACUGAAAGAUAAAAUCACCCAACUCCAAAUCGUGAACAAGGAACAGGAGAGCAAGAUCAAUGAAUUGAAGGAGCAAGUGGUCAAUGUGACACCGCGAAAAAUGAAUAUUUCGCUCAGUGCGGCCAAUUUGGGUACGCCGAAAACACCUAAAACGCCGAAAUCGUUCUGCGGAAAAGAAAAUCAAUCGCCGGUCGUUGUUUCCGUUGGACAUAGCAGUCCGAAUCCCAGUGCUUUUCGAACACGAAAUAAUUAAGUUUUAUAAGUCGGUUUUUUGUGUCUUGUACGUAGCAUUAGUUAUAAAGCGUAAAGCGUUUCGAAUCUAAAUAUUAGACUCCAUGUGUUAUCCGGCCACAGAGGGCUAGUAUAUGUACAUCUGUUUAUCUGUUUAUUUCUUAAAUUUCUGAAAGUUUUUUUUUAAAUUUCCGAAAAGGUUUCUCAAGACUAGUCCUGAUCGACAGCAAAAUUGGCACUCACAUCUAGUCUAAUCUAUGUUAAAACAAUUGAUGUAAUAGAUUACCGCAUUAUCGGUUAACAAAUAUGCUUUGCCCGAAAGGUCAAUCUGUAGAUUCGACACUGUUAUAAUGUAGUGUAGAGUAUUAUGCACAUCGAACAAGUCACCGUAUGAAGAAGACAUAAAAUAUGUUGUUUGUGUUAAAACAGAAAAAACAAUUACGAAAAUUCGUCGUAAUUGUUACUCACUGGGUGAAGCACCUAACAAAAUCCGAAAAGCAAACAGAAAACUUGAUUUGAGUGGUUUACACGAGAUACUUUUUUGAGUGGAACAUUUUAUCACACAUGAGUGUAUAUGGGGCGCUUAUCUUUCAAAAUUACUUAAUUAAUUAAUGUUUCUAUGCAAUUUUACAUUCGAAUUAGUGUUCUUUCCUCAUACUUUUAUCAGAUUUCCGAUUAUAUUCAUUCAUCUUUCCGUCUCCGGUCACGUAUAGGUAUUUGAAAUUUGAAUGCUUGCAUUGUCAUGCAUACACUUUAGGGGUGUGCGAUGGAUAAAGGAUCGAGACUGACGUAGUCCACAAGAAAUUGUUAUCAUUCCUAGAUGUCAAAAAUUGAUUUUAAAAAUUUUGAAAAAUUCAUUUACAACUUGCGAUCAUGGAAGCUAAAUUUUUGAGUUUUCAGCCUCCCAACUAUUUCGACCUCCACCAAUUUUUUUUUUUUUAGAUUUUCGCUAGCUGUAUCAGUCCUAUUCUACAAAUUGGAGUCCAAUGCAACAGAAAAAAUUAAAUCCGGAAGAAGUUUGUCGGAAAAAUCUUCUUCGUGAGUUGUCAAAAUUCGCCGGCUAGGAAAAAUUUAGCGGAUCUUAAACUUGAAAAUUCGGAAAUUCAUCUAGAAAAUGAUUCGAUUUUUGCUCAAAUGGACUUAAAUUCCUGGGGAUGUUGUGGGCUAUUCAGACCAGGAAAUCCUCUGAAAAAUGUUUGUGUCGUGAGUGUUUGUUUGGUCUAAAAUUGCGGCAAAAUGGUUCAAUUGAGAAAAUCGAUUUUUGAAAUCGUGUUGAAGUUGAGAAAAGCCUGUAAACUGACAAAAAAAUUGAAAAAUCGGUUUCUAAAAAUAAUCUUAAAAUUCUCAGAAAUAAUUCCUGCCACAUAAAGUAAUCAGGGCUAGAUUGGUCAUAUGGUGAGACCGGGCUUGCGUUUUUAGUUAUUUUUAGUUAAAACUACUAUAUUGAAGGCUCGUUUGAUUAAAUCUUUUGCUUUUAUGGAACUGCAUUGUCAACAAUUUUUUUUCUUCAUUUUUUUUAACCUCUUACGGACGGCGUUAUCAUCUAUUAUCGGCAGUGACGACAAAAAACAAUAUUUUAUAGAAAAAUUUACAUUUAAACAAAUGAAGUAAUAGAUUUUCCAUCGUUUGUGGUGUAGGUGGUGUACCUUUUAGGGUUGGGAUCAGUUGCCUUUUUCCACGACAAGCUGGUGUAUCUGGAUAACACAUGCAAAAAUAAUCCUUAAUUUAAGCAGAUUUAGCAGGUUUUUUUGGUCAAAUGCUUAGAAAAGUGGUAUGGAUGGGUAGUUUCAGUGGCGUAGUUACCGUUUUUUUUUGGUUGAGCCUUUCAGUUUAAGUGUUUGUGAACCUAUAAGAAACGAUGAUAAGCCGAUAACGAUGACAAUAAUAUAAACGAUGAGUUCUAUUUUGUCGUAUCUUUUACAGUAAAAUUGUUGUAACAAAUGAAGUAAAAGAUUUUAUGUCAAAUACACGGCACUUUAGAUAAAAGAAGUAAUAGAUUUAACGAAUACGAAUUUACGAUACGAGUUCCAUUUCUGAAAUGUUACACCAGACAAAUUAUAGACAAGCCAUUAAAUCGACAAUUGAAUUAAUUUAAAGUUUUAGAACGUCAUACGUUAGUAAGUGGGCAUGUCGCAAGUCCUAUACUACAUAUUCAUUUAUAUGCCCAAAAGUUUCUUCUUCUUUUUCCAGCCAAAUCGAUUUCGAAGUCUUUUCGUUCUGUGUCAAUGGAUAACACAUAUUUUCUACCAGCAAAUGUUUGACAGAUUUCAUUUUCUUUCUCUAUAAUGUUCAAAUAAAAUUUUAUAUUUUUAAAUUGUGAAAAAAUAUUUAUUGACUAAAAUGACAAUUAUUUUAAGUUAUAUACGAUCAAAGCAGAUAAUUUAUUUAUAUUUCUCGGUUUAGGUUACUUCCUGAGUUUAAUUAAAAAUUUAAAAAUGAGUUAACAAAAUUAACAAUUAAAAUAUAUUUGAAAUUUCUCAAUGAAAUUAAUGCACCUUCAUUUAGGUGCAGGAUGAUUAUAAGAGAGUAUUCGCACAGAUCAAUUUAAAGGAAUGUUUAUCAUACAUUAGAGAUAAUUAUUAUAUUGAAAAUGAUACCCAGCAAACGGAAAGCAGAUAUCAGGUUAGAACUUGUAGCAUUCGUUAAUGGUAUCACCAGAUAGAACAAUAAGACAGACUCGUACGAACUGAUGACUGCAAAUUCUUUCAAAUUAGUCGCAUUUCGCUAGCAGACAAUUUCACAGUCUCACUUUUUCAUUUAUUAAAAUUCAUAUACAAGGCGCCGAUGAAAUGUUUCCGUGUGGAUUAUUUCCAUUGCAAUAUUUCCAUUGGAAUAUUUCCAUUGGAAUAUUUCCAUUGGAAUAUUUCCAUUGGAAUAUUUCCAUUGGAAUAUUUCCAUUGGAAUAUUUCCAUUGGAAUAUUUCCAUUGGAAUAUUUCCAUUGGAAUAUUUCCAUUGGAAUAUUUCCAUUGGAAUAUUUCCAUUGGAAUAUUUCCAUUGGAAUAUUUCCAUUGGAAUAUUUCCAUUGGAAUAUUUCCAUUGGAAUAUUUCCGGUGGGAUAUUUACGCUUAUACGCUUAUUUACGAUUAUACAUUUUGAACAUAUGCAAUGAACAUAUAAUCUUUUGAAUGUUAUUGAUCGUAGAUCAUGGAAAGUACCCAUUGGAUUUGCUUUUUGUACAUGCUAUGACUGUUUUUAGCCCCGUACGAAGUACUGGGGGCUUAUAAGAUUAAUAUGCCGUUUGUAACACGUCG